AUGGAUCAGAGUAGCGAAGAUGCCGCCCUUGUCCAUGCCUUUGCAGCUAUAACCAUUAAUCGGAUGCGGUCAUCGUGGGCUCUUCAUAAGGGCGUUGCUGUGCAGAUGACUGAAUUAGUCCGGUGCAGCACCAGAGCUCACCGAACAUACGAACUCGAUUGGGAUGAUGAAAGAGAGGACGGCAUCCUUAAGCCAUUGCCCGUGACCGCAAAACGCAUUCUUACCUUCGACCGCAGCUUUGCUUGGCUGCGUGAGGGUAUCACCAUGUUCCAGGCCCUCGAUUUUGGGCAGGGCUUCCAAGGUGGCCCAAAUAAUGCCGCGAGAUGGCAAAGGCUUUACUGGGAAUUGUUUCUACAUGAAAGACACGUGGCUCUUCUUCCGUCUUUUGGCAGUGUCUUACCGGCUCCAAGCUCGGGACCUCCAGUUAGUGAUCCGAGUAUACCGGGCCACAUCAACCUAGGAUUUCGUCGCCUGGUCAAUCUAUUUGCGAUUCUGGAUGAUAAAUUUCUUGCACACUGGCGCUCACAACACAAUCACUCCGUCAAACAGUCUACAGAGUCGCCGCUGACAACCCAGUGGAUAGAAAACAAGCAUAGGGAUUUAGAUGAAGAUGCAGCUGAUACAGCUGAGGAGGAAAGGCUAUCAAAGGACAGAGGGAGCAGCGGUUUGACAGAACUUCAACAUAUCGACCUUGUGAUUACCAGAUUGUGGCUACGCACUCUGCUCUGGCAGCUUGCCUUGUCUCAAGGCCUUCUUGCUUCCACAACUUCUUCCACAAAUCACGAAGGGCUCUCAUUCCAGUUCCCAAUCAACAGCCUUUAUACGGAGUUCCGAUCAGUAUUUAGCCGACUUCAAGAUGUCACCAGCGUGGGCUUCCACGGGAUGGGAAUGCUUGAGAAGCUCUUCGAGAUAACCAGCACCAUCGCUGAUGUCAUGGUGGUGACCAGCCAAUCUGGGCAGAUUGAAGACGAAGAUAUUUCAAGAGUAGAAUAUUUGCUGUUUCUCUUCAAAUUUCUUGCGGGAUUCGAUGCGGUUGCUUCAAAGCAGAGAAACUACCUACUUGAGAAAUUGCAAGCUAUGAAAGGCAUGUACACUAUGAUAGACUUUGGCGAUGUCGUUUUGAACAACAUCGACGGCGCAGGUGGUAGCGAUGCCAGUCCCUGA